UUAGAAGCCACCCAUACAGAGCCAGGAACCAUAGGCUCUCCUAUGCUCCAUGAACCAUGACUCCCUUCAAUCUGCAUUCAAAGUCCCUGUGGCCCAGCCCCGUCAUCUUCUCCGACGCUUCACUCCUUAUCUAGCUCUGGUCUAGUGGUUUGUCUUCAACUAAUGAUGGCUCCGAACAAGACCUCCGAAGUGGUGGAUACGCAUGAAGCCACUUGGAGCUCUCAAACUGAUGAUUUGGAGUUGGAAUCAUUGGAAUCUGAGUUGAAGCAAAUGGCGCACAAGAUUCUCGAACACCGAUCAACCUUACCGGAUCAGCUCAAAUCUACUCUUCUCUCUAUUCUUGACGCUCACAGACCACUUUUUCCACAUCCCUCUCACCAUGCUUCAACCCCCCCAGGUGCAUUGGACCAUAACAUUUAUCAGAGCGAAGGUUCACCUGCACCAGAAGAUCCAGAGACAGCCAAGAAAGUAAAAUUGCUGAAUGAGAAAAUCACACAGAAUUGUUCCACCAUGCCAGUCAUCCUGAAGCGGAUGAAAGAUUGCAUUGCAAGAAUUGAGAAGUUAGAUUCAUACAAUGCUGCGGUUAUACAUCCAGCCUUCAAGGCAAAGAAGACUGGUUAAGCAUACUGGGUAUACAUAUUUAUUUUCCUGAACAUUUGAGAUUGAAGGUAAUCCAGCAUUAACCAUUUUGGUAUUUUGCGCAAUGAAGCUGCACACACGCAUUCACAUGUUCAUAUUUUGAGAGUAUGAAGCAAAGCUUGGUUUAAGAUGUUUGGCAUUGUUUGGCCAUUUGUGACUCUUUCAAGUUGCAUCAUCCCCUGCCUACAGGAAAAAGAGGGAUUGUUAGUGUAAUAUGGUGAAGACUGAAGAGAAAGAUUGGAUAUUUAAUAAUCCUUAUUCUGCCUUCUAGUGUUUGUUUGGUUGAUGAUUAAUUGUAUGUAAGCAUCUUUUUUUUCUUUAUUGUAUGAUCAUUUUUGUUUGUUUGGUUGAUUGCUUGAUCAUUACUUGUAUGUAAGCCAUUUUAUGUAUUGAA